UUUGGUGGAAGAAGUGCUUUCUGCUUAGCGAGGGUCCCGCAAUGUCUAGUUUCUAGUGUUAAGGAGCCCUUUCAGAUCCAGGGACUGAAGGGUUAUUCUUGUGGUGCUAGAGCUAUGCAGCUGGAGCAUUGUCUUUCUCCCUCUAUCAUGCUCUCCAAGAAAUUUCUCAAUGUGAGCAGCAGUUACCCACAUGCAGGCGGAUCUGAGCUUGCCUUGCAUGAUCAUCCCAUUAUCUCGACCACUGACAACCUGGAGAGAAGUUCACCUUUGAAAAAAAUUACCAGGGGGAUGACGAAUCAGUCAGAUACAGACAAUUUUCCUGACUCCAAGGACACACCAGGGGACGUCCAGAGAAAUAAACUCUCUCCCGUCUUGGACGGGGUCUCUGAGCUUCGUCACAGUUUCGAUGGAUCUGCUGCAGAUCGCUAUCUGCUCUCUCAGUCCAGCCAGCCCCAGUCCGCUGCCUCUGCUCCUAGUACCAUGUUCCCUUACCCCAGCCAGCAUGGACCCGCUCACCCAGCCUUUUCUAUCGCCAGCCCCAGCCGCUACAUGGCUCACCAUCCUGUGAUCACCAAUGGAGCUUACAACAGCCUCCUGUCCAACUCUUCUCCGCAAGGUUACCCAACGGCGGGCUACCCCUACCCCCAGCAGUAUGGCCAUUCCUACCAAGGCGCGCCUUUCUACCAGUUCUCCUCCACCCAGCCGGGGCUGGUGCCCGGCAAGGCGCAGGUCUACCUGUGCAACAGGCCACUCUGGCUGAAAUUUCACCGGCACCAGACAGAGAUGAUCAUCACCAAGCAAGGGAGGCGCAUGUUCCCUUUCCUAAGUUUCAACAUCUCCGGCCUGGAUCCCACGGCUCACUACAACAUUUUCGUGGAUGUCAUUCUGGCCGAUCCCAACCACUGGAGAUUUCAAGGAGGCAAAUGGGUUCCUUGCGGCAAGGCGGACACCAAUGUGCAAGGAAACCGGGUGUACAUGCACCCCGACUCCCCCAACACCGGGGCCCACUGGAUGCGCCAGGAGAUCUCCUUCGGGAAGCUGAAACUUACAAACAAUAAAGGAGCCUCCAACAACAACGGGCAGAUGGUGGUCUUGCAGUCCUUGCACAAGUACCAGCCCCGCUUGCACGUGGUGGAGGUGAAUGAAGACGGGACGGAGGACACCAACCAGCCGGGCAGAGUACAGACGUUCACCUUCCCCGAGACCCAGUUCAUAGCGGUCACCGCCUACCAGAACACCGAUAUCACACAGCUGAAGAUAGAUCACAACCCUUUCGCAAAAGGCUUCCGAGACAAUUAUGACACGAUCUACACGGGCUGCGACAUGGACCGGCUCACGCCCUCCCCCAACGACUCGCCCCGCUCGCAGAUCGUGCCCGGGGCCCGCUACGCCAUGGCGGGCUCUUUCCUGCAGGACCAGUUCGUGAGCAACUACGCCAAGUCCCGCUUCCACCCGGGCGCGGGCGCCGGCCCCGGGCCGGGCACGGACCGCAGCGUGCCGCACACCAACGGGCUGCUGUCGCCGCAGCAGGGCGAGGACCCGGGCGCGCCGUCCCCGCAGCGCUGGUUCGUCACCCCGGCCAACAACCGCCUCGACUUCGCCGCCUCCGCCUACGACACGGCCACCGACUUCGCCGGCAACGCGGCCACGCUGCUGUCCUACGCGGCGGCCGGCGUGAAGGCGCUGCCGCUGCAGGCGGCGGGCUGCACGGGGCGGCCGCUGGGCUACUACGCCGACCCGUCGGGCUGGGGCGCCCGCAGCCCGCCGCAGUACUGCAGCAAGUCCAGCUCCGUGCUGUCGUGCUGGCCCAACAGCGCGGCCGCCGCCCGCAUGGCCAGCGGCAACCCCUACCUCGGGGAGGAGGCGGAGAGCCUGGCCCCCGAGCGCUCCCCGCUGCCGGGCGCCGAGGACUCCAAGCCCAAAGAUUUGUCCGACUCCAGUUGGAUCGAGACCCCGUCCUCCAUUAAGUCCAUCGACUCCAGCGACUCUGGGAUAUACGAGCAGGCCAAGCGGAGGCGGAUCUCGCCGUCGGACACGCCGGUGUCCGAGAGCUCCUCGCCCCUCAAGAGCGAAGUACUGAGCCAGAGGGACUGUGAAAAGAACUGCGCCAAGGACAUCGGCUACUACGGCUUCUACUCGCACAGCUAGAGCCGCCCGGGCCCUCGGGCCCCGCCAGCGACCGCCGCCGGGCCUUUUGCACAGCGACCUCGGCAGUCAGCGCACUGAGCUCCACCUUUUCACCUGGGCUGCGAUGUCCCCGCGGGCCCCCGCCUGCAGGGGCCCCCGGCGCUGAGACCGCGACCCCGCCGCGGACUGUCCCAGCCUCCUCGGCCCACGUUAGACUCUCAAACACUCAGCGCUUCCUUCCUUUGCCCCUGGCUGGAUAGUAGGGGGUGGUAGUGAUAGUGGGACAGAGCCUGUGAGACGCCUGUACAUAGUGUUUAAUUCCCUGUACCGGAUGGUUCUGCUCUCUCCGUUCCCAUCGUGAAGUCACAAAACUAGCUCUCGUUUAACUUUCUCCAUCCCUCCCCUCCCCUCCCCCAGGUUCUCUCUCUCUUCCAAAUGCCUCUGGAAAGAUGAAAUGGCCCAGAGCUGUAGCAGCGAGUAAUGGGUUUCUCACUUCCCUGCAAUCCCGCGCAUGAAAUAAUUACUCUGUGCCCUGGGCUAACACAGCUAAGGAGUAGCUGAGCUUCCCCCUCGAACGGGGAGAGCUCCAUCUUGUAGGAAAGUCGAUUAAGUAGCAUGACGCCUUCAAACAGCAAAAUUAACUGCAUCUGUAUCUCUUUCCCCCCCUCUUUUAAAACGAACAGCUCGAUAUCAGCAAUAUUAUUAUUAUUAUUUAUUAUCCUUUUUUUGUUGCGUAUUUGUUCCCCCUCCCCCCCCUAAAGUGCCAAAUCCAUUACUGGUCUGUGCAGGUGCCAAAUAUGCUGACAAACUGUUUCCAAAUUUCUUUGCAGUUUCUCCCCCUUUAUUUAUAUUGCUGUAAAUCUUUGUAAUGAAUAAUCUACAAACGAUAUAGACGACUGAAUUGUUGGUAACCAUAGUGUAGUCCAGUGAAGAUGAAUUGUGAGCUGUAUAUUUUACUGCAUUUAGUUUCGGAAUUUGACUUUUUCAGAAGAGUAGAUGACUGAGAUCGGACUUCCUGGGGAAUACAGUAGGCGUGACAAGAAGAGUGGUCUUUCCUGUGAGCCUCUGACUUCAUGUGCGAAGGAGCAUUCACCCCCGCCCCGCGCCCCUGGAAGUAGAGUAGCGAGUCGGUCCGAUUCACGCAUCUCAUCUGGGGGACAAACCUACAAAGUUCAAUAUGCAUCGGGCUAAAGAUUCAGUCUAGAUUCCAGUCGACGGGGACACUUUCCUAAUAGAAAUUCAGGGUCAUAAACGUGUGCAUAUUUUUGACUCUCUUCUGUAAAUCUAAUGUUGUGAUUUUUAUAUUUGUUCUGUUACGUCUGUGGAACUGAAUGAUUUAUACAAGUACAUGCUCCAUUGAGAAAUGUUUCGUUUUUUGCCCGUUUGUAUUGUCUGUGUAUAACAAGUAAAAUAAACCUGGCAAAAAUAUAA